UAUAUUUUAUAUAUGUAUAACGUAACUGAGUUUUUAAAUUAAUACAAGAAUAACUUAGUAGUUAAAAUUGAAGUAAUGGAUUCACAAUACAAAAUUAUACAUCCUGUGAAAUAUUUACAAGACCACUUGGCACAAGAUAUUCGACCAGAUGGUAGACAGUUUUUAUCUUUUCGCCCAAUAAGUGUAAAUAUAUCAUCAAUUACUCAUGCCGAUAGCUCAGCUAUAUUCAAAAUUGGUAACACAACAGUUGUGUGUGGUAUUAAAGCAGAGUUAGCAGCACCUAAGGCAGAAUCUCCGGAGUGUGGUUACAUUGUGCCAAAUAUUGAACUUCCUCCAUUAUGUUCUCCCAAAUUUCGGCCAGGCCCACCAAGUGACCAAGCACAAGUCAUUACAAAAUUAGUAGAAAAUAUUUUAAGAAAUUCAGCAGCUAUUGAUUUAAAAGAUCUUUGUGUCUAUAAGGGUAAACUAGUAUGGGUCUUAUACUGUGACCUUGUAUGUAUUAACUAUGAUGGUUCAAUAAUUGAUGCUUGUAUUGGAGCAUUGACUGCUACACUUAGUACUUUAACCUUACCUGAAACACUUUAUAAUGUAGAAACUGGAAGAGUAUCUGUAAAUUCCACAAAAAAAAUAAGGUUCCUGGUUAAAGCAUUACCGGUUUCUAUAACUUUUGCAAUAUUUAAUGAUCAAUUAUUGGUUGCUGAUCCUACUGAUGAUGAAGAAAGUUUAUGUUUAGGAAGAUUGACAAUUGUAAUGAAUGAAGAAAAGAUAUGUUGCAUACACAAACCUGGUGGAAUCCCAAUUUCACAAGAUUUAUUUUCAAAAAGUUUAAGUAAAUGUAAAAAAAGAGCAGAAUUGAUAAGGUCAUUAAUUGAUGCUGCUAUAUCAACAAUCAAACAAGACACUUUUAAAUAAAUGAAAAAUUGUACAA